CUUCAACAGACGACUUACUUUUGUCUGAUAUUGGGAACAUCAUUCCUACAACGUAUCAUCCACUAUCAUCCGCUAAUCUGCUAACUGCGAUGCGCUUGUGGCACUCUUCCCCCAACCCGGCGAUCUGGAGAGAUCGGUCGUUUCUAGCCUGGUUCAGACCGAGUUUCCCAUGCCGUGCACCCACACUUCCAGAGCUCUGAUUCAUACGUCCUACCCAACCGAGCAUGUCCAAAUUCGAACAACGCGAAGUCCUCCACAUCUGUUCAGCAGACCGUGCCGCACAACCCAAAAGCCUCUCUCUCUCUCUCUCAAUCGGGGCAUACAAGCAGACUCGAGGUCAUGCCCAUACCCUGCUGCGCCUGCCCACAGACCCCAUGGCGGCUUUCUUCCACCUCCCAACUCAGCAUCUCUAACAUCCUCAAGUCACGGAUCGGAACCUAGGACGAGACCCAAACCAAUUCGGACUGCCGCAUCUAUCCCUCACCAUCCCUCUAACCGCAGCCGUAAUACCACCUCCACCAAUGCGGCGUACGUCUUCCCCAUGGCCUCCCCACCCGCGCCCUCCCAAACUCCCGGGAAAGGUUCCGGCGUCCUGGCCACUCACCGCAUCGCUAAUUGGAGAGUUUUCUGGCCUACUCAACGUGAAACGCCUGACGAGUGACUACAGGCUCGGGCAUGUGCUAUCGGUCACUCGAGAACAGACUUAACAGGAAGAGGAUGCAUGAGGGUGAGGUGGUGUUGGAUACUUUUGGGGGAGAGCGCAGGGGAGAGAGGGGUAGGGAGGGUUUAUUGAGGGCUUGGGAGCUGUGGAUAGGUAGGGACAUGCACUUGGAUGAUGAAAACGGCGAAGAAAUGGGUUGAUGCUUGAGGCAUUUGGGAGGUUGCAUGGAGGAAACCCGUAUAGUUGACUUUGGUGAAAAGACUGGGAGGUGGAGAGUGACACUGCUUUCUGCCUACAAAGAUCGGCUUACUUGGGACCUAAUUCAGGAUUUGUUUCAAGGAUCUCAAACAGACGAACGCAUUCAUGUUUCGUGUAUGAAUCCUCAUUGUUUCGAAUUUUCUACUGGAUAUUUCUCUCCAGGUCUACUCACAAUGAGGAAUGUUGAUAGUGAAGACGGUGUAUCACGAGC